UACGUACUCGAACGUCAUUCAGCACCACGCUUCAGUUUAAUUUGGUUCGCAACCAUGGUAUAUUCACUUGGAUAUACAAAACUACCAAGCGACGGCCCAGGGUCAGUCUCGGGUGUUUACGAGUUGAAGAAUUCUCUAGACAUCUUCGUAGUCUGGUACUAUACUGGAGCUUCCGAGAUGUUUUUUGCGUCGUUGGCUAUCAUUCUGUUGCUGCUCUCAAUGUACAAGCUCGAGACGGGAAAGCUGAAGAGAUUUGGUUGGACUUUUUUUGCCUUCGCUCUUGUAGGCUACUCAUGCAUAUUGGCUUACGGUGUGUUGGGAACUCAAGGCGAUGGAACAGUUUAUUUGAGACAUAAGCAAUACCUUCAGAGUGUUGGUCUGGCUGCGUUGGAGUACUGUUUUGCCACGGUCAACUUGACACUCCGUUCCUUGAGUGAUAUCUUGCAAUUGAAAGAUAACAAAUUCGAGAUAUACUGGUUUUUCAUCAAUGUUGUUCACUUCUGUAUUUCAAUCGCCAUGGUACCCGUUCAGAACGAAUACGGCGAAGGUCAAACCGUCUUCUGGAACCACAUCAUCAACUGGCUGUUCUCGUUGCUCUCCGUGUGCGUAUUUAUAAGCUUCUACACCAAGCUUCUAAAAAUCGUUGCAAAGGAACGGCUGUCGCGUGUCACGGCAGAUCUGAUCAACAUAUCGCUACGUCAGUUUGUCAUGUAUAUCAUGUAUUACUUGAUAUAUCUCAUCUGCUAUUUCUUCUUAUUUUUGGCGGCCAUUGGAGAAGUCACAGAUAGUUUUAACAACUUCUUUUUGACGUGUGCGCAGAUUUCAUCUGUAUCGUGGGCGGCUUCAAGAUUCUUUUUACUUCUCGCUGCCAUCUCCAUAUUCCAGCCUUACUUGCUCAGAAAAUACACCAGUGUCAAUUUUGUGCAUUCGUAUGACAAGACUAUGGAUGCGGGCUUGACAUAUGCACGUCACACGACUGACAUGGAUCGCGACCGCUCUGAUCAUCGAUCGCAAGCGUCAGCAGAGUGUGUGGUACCCACCAGUGGUUUCAUGAGCACCAUGGAGAACCAAAAGAAGGAAUCAAGCAGCGCCGCAAUGACUAUCAUCAAUGCGGAAGAUACGACGGAGAAUUUCAGUCAGGAAAGUAGUGCUGGGCUACCAGCAGUUGCCGAAUCGUCGCAUCACGUCAGCUAGAGUGCCAACGGAAUACUUGGUUCGAUAAUAGUAUCCGCUCGGGGGACAUACUACAUAGUACUCUACCAGCGUCGUUGUCAUUUUGACUCGCUUUUGUCCCUAAUAAGCACCUUUAGAGUUCAUUGGUUAAUGUGGAAGGGUAUAUGUCGCAAGAUCGAGUGGUGAAGACUAUUCUUUUGCGUACACUUACAAGUUUCCUUCAUUUUACGGAGAUCUAUAGGAAUAUUCUCUGCUGUAUGAAUGAGAUUCGUUCGUUCUGAUUGAUCAUUCGGAGAUGUGGUCAACAAGUUCCUUGGAUAGGAUAGCGCUUAUAUCACGUGCUGCAAUGCCAGAGUGUUAUUCAGUCGGUGGCGGUAAGAACCACAAUGGUACCACGUAAGAAACUGGAGAGUGCGGACCACCCGAGAGUAUCAGUAUGUGAGUGUUGCCUUCCAGUGGUUUAAAAGGAACAGGUGCAAUUUCCUUUCAGACUGAAAGAAGUGGUACUUCGCGCGAAGCAAAAAAAUAUUAGUUAAAACGUGUCGUGAGGGUCCGAUGCCUACGUUGUAUGUUUAUUCACGUACGACACUCUUGACCCUAAAAUGAUAUACCGGUGCAAACAAACGCAAAAAUUGAAAAUUGUACAUAUUCCUACUAAGUACACAUAAUAGUAUACCUUUUUUUAUAGGUGUUAUAAAGAUUCUUGUACUUUUCCAUUCUUCUAAAGC